GAGGUUCCAAGCUAGCAUAACCACACAAACAGGUCAACCCCUUCUCAGUUCUCACCCUGCUAGGCUGCUAGACCCUCUCUUCCUCAUCAUUCCUACCAGAUAAACAGAGAAAGAAAAGGUCUCAUAGCAUAGGAACCAACGAGGCAGGACGGCAGGAGGCCUGUUCGCUUGAGGUGUCUAGCCUGGAGUGCUUGCCACUAGGAGUGAGGCAGCGAAGGGGACAUGGUUGCUGGCGGCGGAGUCAAUUUGAUGGUGACGACUGUAUGCGGUGGGUCUCGACCAGUAGCGACGGGAAAGAAGGCGUGUUCCCCGGCCGACGGCGAGGAGGCGCCGUCCCCUCGGCGGCGGGGUGAAGGCCUGCAGAUGAAGGUAGUAGCAGCCCAGGCGGCGGUGAAAAUCAAGAGACGAGGCGGAGGAGGCUAGCGUGACGUUAGGGAAAAAGGCGGGUCCAGAUCGGCGCAGGCCCAGUGGACAUGGAAGAGAGGGCCGACGAGAUGAGGCUCCAUGCUAGUAGUGGAGACCUGGACGGAGGGCGCUCGAUCUGACCAGAUCGAGUCAGCGGCGGUGGUUGGAGACGCCUUGAUGUAGCCACGCGAAAAAGAUGAUUUUUCGCUCCUCGUAGGCUGAGAAGACGCGGGAGCGUAGGAUUGGGAAUGGGAGAGGAGCCCUCACUCAGCCUCAGUAUUGAGAGCGAAUAUUACGGGAUAGAAACUCCACAAGUUUAGCAUCCGAGUAGGAAAUCUAUUGGAGCAUAUUUUUUUUAAAGGGAGAAGAUCUGCAUGGGUUGCAUCGGAGCUUCAAAGGUUCUUAAUUACUUUUAGUCAGACGUGCAAGAGCUGCUGGAAAUACUUGGCAGCUCUGGUUGUUUAUUCGCUCAAGAUAGUGUUGGUUCUCUUUCCUUGCUGCGAAGCUUGCUGUUUCAGUCUAUUGUUUAAUUAGGGGUUGAUAUUGCUCUGGUUUCCCUGCCUUUUCCCCUUCCUGUCAGUUCGGUCUGCCUUUGUGCUGAAGAUUCCAUAUGGCGCAUGUACUGAUUUCACAGCUAUCGUUUGGAGAUUCAAACAAAAGAAUCCUUGCAAGGGUCUCCAGGCUAUGGAACUUUACUGAUCUCAACAAUCAUACAAAAAUUUUCCACACUGAUCUUGUCUUACUCGAUGAAAUGGGGACUAGCAUACAUGCCCAAAUUUACCCCCCUAUAACAGAAAAGAUGAAACCUCUCCUUAAGGAAGAAAAGGUUUACUACAUUGACUCAUUCACUGUUAGGGCUGCAAACAGAACAUACAGGCCAGUUGCAAACAACCUAAUGAUCCUCUUCAGUAAAUGGACAACACUUGAAGAACACAUUAAUGUCCCUCCUCAUUUCCCUGGUAUUACAUUUUCACUGACACCAUUCGAAGAUGUUCCUUCCCUUGUCGAGAAAAAUUCAUUCUACGUUGUUGGUGCAGUCACUACUAUACGUCCUAAGUCCAGAAACGCUGAGAGCUUAAAAAGGACAUUACAGAUCCGCGAUGCAAGCAAUUCAACUCUUCCUGUCACACUCUGGGGAGAAAGAGCAACCUCUUUUGAUGCUAAUGACAUAUACAAUGCUGGUCAAACUCAAGCUCAAGUUGUUGUGUUUGUUGGAACACUUGUGAAAGAUUACAGAGGAUUAGGCCUUACACUAACUGGAAGCUCACCAUGCAAAUGGUAUAUUAAUCUAAAUAUUCCUGAAGUAGCAGAACUAAAUGAGAGCUUUAGCACAAACUUUCAGCCAAUCAAGUGGGUUGAUGAGCCUGCUACAGGAUACAACCAGGAUGUACCAGAAGAAAAGAGUAUUGCAGAAAUCCUUAAUAUCAACCCUCACAAACACAAGGGAACAUGUUUUAUAGUAAAUGUGACUGUCAGAAGGAUAUGUAAUGAAUAUUCUUGGUGGUACAAUUCAUGUUGAAUGUGCUACAAAACUUCAAAACCAUAUGGCUCUAGCUACAGAUGCUCCAGCUAUUCUAACAUCGGAAUACCAGAUCCAAGGUACAAAGUAGUAUUAAUUUCCGGCGAUGAUGAUGCUAAUGCUACAUUUAUCCUUUUCGGAAGGAUCGCACAACGGCUACUACGCAGGCCCAUAGAAUCUCUCAUUGAAGAAAAUCCACCAAACAGUGAAUACAUUCCAAGUGAAAUCACGUCACUUAUUGGCAGCAAUUUUCCAUGGAAUGUUAGCUUUACACGGGAUACUGUUAUGAGAAGUCAAGAGUGCCUACAAGUUAAUAGCAUUAUAUCCGCUGGUGCUUCAAACCAACCACUACUCCUUAUGUCCCCAGAUGCUUCACAAGUGACAUCAGCUAUUGUCUCAGCAAGCUCAAGCAGCUCUGUCCAAACAGCACCAACACCAAAUGAAACAAGCAAUGAAUCACAGCAGCCCAUUCAACCAAGACAAACCAUCUCAACACCAACCAAGUUCACUAUCGCUCAGGGAACACAGGACACCCCAACUAGCAAAUCAAGUUCUUCAACACCUACCAAGAAAAGCAUUGUCUCAGUGUCUCACAUGCAGUCUAGCAAGACCAAACCUAAAACUGAUGAUAAGCCCAAAACUGACACAAAAGCUGAAGAAAACAUCUCACAUGAUAAAUCUUCAAUUGUUGUCCUGCCUGAUACUGCUGAAAAUAUGGGAAAGGGACUACCAGAAACUGCUGAAGAAGCCAAACAAGCAACCCCAUCCUUCCCUACAUAUACCCCAGCCAAAAAAAGAGGAAGGCCUACACCUACAGCAACACCUCCGGUUGCUAAGAAAUUGUUCAAGGAUGGUGCCAAGCAAAAAGGCAAUGACAGGUUACUCCUCAAACACAAACUCACCUAUCUACACAUAACAAAUUAGCAAUUUAAAGGCAUUCCUAAUCUCACAGCUCUUAAUUCAUCUACACAAUGAAUGAGUUGUCGACGUGCAAUCCAUCUCAAGACUUUUGCUUAUAUAUAUGUACAAAGCUAUGUCCCAGCUAGAAGACAGAUGGCAGUUGUGAAAUUACCCAGGACUAAAGAACCAAGAUCUUUUGUUCAUGGCUUUUUGUCAUGAUUAUCAUUGUAUAUAAGUGUUGCCUUAUCUACCUUCCUUAGCAUUGUAUGAUCUAAGAUGCUACUGCAUCUGCUACCAAUGCUGUAGAACAUAGUAUGUAUAUGCAUGCAGUCUAGCUGAAUGACAUGCCUUUAUA